AUGGCUGUAGUAGUACCGUUCCGGUGCCCAGCUGCCAUGCCACUCAAAGGAAGCGCGAGAGCUGGGAUACUGCCAGGUUGCCCAAGCCUAGACAGGGAAAGUCGAGCGCCAAAGAUCGGGUUCGAAACACGGACCUUCCGGUCACUUAUCAAACUGGAAGAUGGGACUCUGAAACUGUUCGCUGAAAGAGGACGUGUUCUCGAAACACAAAUCAGCUACAGGAUGGCGACAAAGAGGACGUCAGAACAAUCAGACCGCCGUCCUCUGUGUCAGGAUAUCAAGCUGCGUUUCCUACCUUUUAAUCGUUGUGGCAGCGUUGUGACGCCUGUUUUGGGAUUCCGCGGCCCAAUGCAAAAGAAGGCGUACAACAUGCCAGAUCAAUUGUGUUUCAUUCAGUUGCUGGCGGACAACGCUCAGGAUUCUCCAAACUACGCCACAGACUCCGGCGGGUUCCACUACAUGGAAAUCCGCAUGCUUGACUAUUGUGAUAUCUACCAGUUGGUGUUCCCGUUUCUCAACUCCCAGUGCCCAACCGCUUAUCGCAAGGACGUCUGGAUUCGUGUAAGCGUCAUCAACGAUAAAAAACUCAUUUUGUGCAAAAGUUUACUCCAUUCGGACGUGAAACCUUAA